AUGGCCAUGCACUACUACAUCAUAGAUUAUCUGCAUAUCUGGAUUCACACUGUGUUUCUUGGGGCAAUGAAAUGCACCAUGAUGGUAUACAUUUGGCUCUGGUCAAAAUUGCUGCACCAUGAGAAUGGUAAUCAUACCACAGUGACCACAUUCCUUCUGUGGGGAUUUUCCAGCUUCCCAGAACUGCAGAAACUACUCUUCAUUGUGAUUCUCCUCUCCUAUGUGACCAUCCUCCUAGCAAAUGCAUCCAUCAUGGUGGCCAUCAAGCUCAACCACAACCUUCAUACCCCCAUGUAUUUUUUCCUCUUUGCCCUGUCCUUUUCAGAAACCUGCACCACUAUGGUGAUCCUACCGCGAAUGUUAGUGGACUUGGUAUCAGAGAGCAAGACCAUUUCUCUCCCUGAGUGUGCCACACAGAUGUUUUUCUUCUUUGGAUUGGGAGGUAAUAAUUGCUUCAUCUUAUCUGCCAUGUCCUAUGACCGUUACACUGCCAUUCACAACCCCCUGCAUUAUCCAAUCCUGAUGACUCAAAAGAUCUGCUUUCAGCUUAUCAUGGCCUCUGCUGUGCUUGGCUUCUCAGUUUCUCUGUGCAUUGUCAUCAUAAUAUUCAACUUGUCCUUUUGUAACUCCAACAUCAUUCAGCACUUCUUUUGUGAUAUUGAGCCUGUGGUCUCCCUUGCCUGUAAUUACACCUUUUAUCAGAAAAUGAUUCUUCUUGCAUUCACUGCCUUUGUGUUGGUGGGCAGCUUUAUUUUGAUCAUGGUAUCUUAUGUCUUCAUCAUGACAGUGGUUGUGAAGUUGCCCUCUGCCAAGGGAAGGUAUAAGACCUUUUCAACUUGCUCCUCCCAUUUCACUGUGGUUAUACAUUAUGGGUUUGCUGGUUUUGUCUAUCUGAGACCCAAGAACAGUGACUCUUUCAAGGAUGACACACUGCUAGCAGUGACUUACACUGUUCUGACACCUCUGCUCAACCCCAUCAUUUACAGUCUAAGAAAUAAAGACAUGCAGAUAGCUCUGAGAAAAGACCUAAGCAAUAUAAUCAAAUUUUUCCCUAAAAUGAUAAAUAAAAGAUCCCAAAAAGCUUGA